AUGGGAGUUCUCGACAAGGUCCAGCUCACCCUUGGCCGCAAGGGCAAUGAGGGUACUGCUGCUGAGCAGCCCGUAACUGUCACCACCUCCGUCAACGAGAAGGACCAGGAGGCUGGUGUUUUCCCCGACGAUGGAAGCAACAGCGAUGCCGUCACUGAAAAUGCGCAGCAUGGUGUUCAGACUGUUGAGGCUACCACGUUGGCGUGGAGCAAGAAGGCUCUUGUUGGCGUCUUUAUCUUUAUGUGGUUGAUCUACCUUACCAACGGUUUCCAGAGCCAGAUCAAUUACACUCUGGUCCCCUACGCAAGCAGUGAGUGGGAGUCUCACUCUCUCAUUCCUGUCAUCGGUGUUGUCGCCAAUUGUAUGACUGCCGCUGUCUACAUCCCUCUGUCCAAAAUUCUCGAUCUCUGGGGUCGUGCUGAAGGCUUCCUCCUCAUGGUCCUCUUUGCCACUAUUGGAAUGAUCAUGAUGGCUGCCAGCCAGAACCUCCCUACCUACUGUGCUGCCUAUGUCUUCUGGCAGGUUGGUUGGUCUGGUCUAACCUAUAGUAUCGACGUUAUCACGGCCGACUCUACACAGCUCAAGAACCGAGGUCUCGCGUACGCUUUCACCUCGUCUCCUUACAUGAUUACCGCCUUUGCCGGUCCCAAGUCCGCUGAGGCUUUCCUUCUCAACGGUGACCAGUGGCGAUGGGGCUUUGGCACCUUCUCCAUUGUCCUCCCCGUCGUCGCUGCGCCUCUCUACGCUCUUUUGAGGUACAACCUCCAGAAGGCCAAGAAGCAGGGUCUUCUUGCUCGUGAGUCCAGUGGUCGAUCAGUCUUGGAGAGCAUCAAGUGGGGUCUUAUCGAGUUUGAUGCUGCCGGUGCUUUCCUUUUCGCUGCCGGUCUCGUCAUCUUCCUCCUCCCCUUCUCUAUUGCCAGCAUGGCUCCUCAAGGGUGGAAGACACCUUACAUCAUUGCCAUGAUCAUCCUCGGAAUCGUGCUUCUGGCUAUCUUCGGCCUCUACGAGCGCUUUGUCGCCCCCAAGCCCUUCCUCCGAUUCGACAUCCUCGUCGGCCGCACCGUUAUCGGUGUCUGCCUCCUCGACUUUAUCUACAUGAUCGCUUAUUACUGCUGGAACAGCUACUUCACCUCGUUCCUCCAGGUCGUCAACAACCUCCCCCCUUCAGAGGCUGGAUACGUCAGCAACACAUUUGAGAUUGUCUCUGGUAUCCUUCUCUUCAUUGUUGGUUACGGUAUGCACAAGACCGGUCGCUUCAAGUGGCUUCUGUGCAUUGGUAUCCCUCUGUACAUCUUCGCCCAGGGUCUUAUGAUUCACUUCCGUCAGCCUGGCCAGUCUAUUGGUUACCUCGUCAUGUGCGAGGUAUUCAUCUCAAUCGCUGGCGCUACCUUUAUUCUGUGUAUGCAGGUUGGUGUUCUCGCUGCCGUCGAGCAUCAGUAUGUCGCUACCGCACUUGCCACUCUUAGUGUUACCGGAAACAUCGGAGCUGCUGUCGGCGGUACUAUCUCUGCCGCCAUCUGGACCAACACCUUCGAAGCGAAGCUCUCCGAGUACCUUCCCGCUUCCGCCCAAGAGAACGCUGCCCUCAUCGCGGGAGACUUGGACAGCCAGUUAAUGUAUGAGAUGGGCAGCCCUGAGCGCCUUGCUAUCCAGAAAGCCUAUGGAUAUGGUCAGGCACGCAUGUUGGGUGUUGGCACCGGAAUAAUGUCCAUCGCCCUUAUUUCGCUGUUCUUGAUCAAGAACUAUGAUCUCAGGACGAUCAAGCAGACCAAGGGUACCGUGUUUUAA